AUGGAGGAGUCUGUAAUCCAGCAGCACCUCACACACUAUAAGCAGGCCACUGAGAUGGCGCGUGAGGAGCUGGCCGUCCUGCAGACCAAAUACAACCAACUCCAAUCACAGCUCUUGGAAAGCCAAUCCAAAAUUGCAUCUCAGGAAGAGAUUAUGAAGAACUUAAAGGAUGCUGCAGAUCGGCAUAAAGAGAAAGAGGCGAGUCAGGAGUCUCUCAUCAGCUCGCUCAGAGAACGCAACUACAACACAGAGCAGGAGAUGCUCUCCAUCACCUCCUCCAAAAGCUUCAUGGACAUGAGAAUACAGACACUUACAAAAGAGAAUGAGGAGAUCAAGGGGAAAAUAAUGGAACUUGAUAUCAAGUCAAAACAGUAUUUUGCAGAAUGCAACAAGGCAAAACAGGAAGCCACUGAGACCCAGAGAAGAUCUGAUGAGUUUAUAUCGGCUUUAGCAAACAAAGUCUCUGUAAAUGUGGCAGGAAAGGCAGAUCCUAUGGAUUAUAUCAUAUCCGUGGUGGAUGCCUGCUUGAAGGACAGAGACCACCUGAAGAACUGCAUUUGUGCUUUAGAGGAGAGUGUGAAGUUGUACGAGGUGGAGUGUAAAGCCAGCAGAGAAACAGUCAAGAGACUGGCGACUGAUGUAGAACAUGAACAGUCGCUCUCAGCCUCCAGAGUGAAUGAGCUGAACUCUAGCAGACAGGAAUUGGAUAUAAUCUCCCUAAAGAAACUAAGUUUGGAGAGGGAGAACCAGAGCCUUAAAACCUCCCUGCAGGAGUCUGAACUGGCGCUGGUGUCCGCACAGCAGCGCUGCCGCCACUAUGAGAAUCUCUCUCAGGAUCUGCAAAAUAAACUCCACAGCUGCCAGAAUGAAGCUCAGGCGUCUCACAGCCACCAUGAGGCCUUCAUGAAGAAUGUGGAAGCUCUGCUGGAUGAUCAGUCUCUUCCUGUUCAACACACAGAAAGUGACAUAUUGAAGGCACUUACGGCCCUUUGCAGCAGAGAGAAAAGUGCACAAAAGUCUCAGAUGGAGAAGGAGGGCAGGCUGGCGGAGGUGGAAGAGCAGUUGUCCAGCCACAAAGAGCAUCAGAGCAGUUCAGAACAGAGAGAACAGGAGCUGCUGGACAGAAUCAAGAGUCUGGAGGACGAGCUGCUGACGGCUGGAGUCUGGAAAGAUGGAAUGAACCAGGACAAACGGCAUUACCUGCGGUUUGUGGAGCAGCUCUCAGAGAAGCUGAAAGUAGAUCGUGUUGCUGCAGAUCUGGGAUUUGAUAUGAGACUCGAGGCCAUUCUUACACGAGCUGAACAGCUGAGCAGACAGGAAGGGACGGCUUUACUGGAGACCAGGACACAAAUCUACAGCCUUCAGAGAAAGCUUAAAGAACAUAAGGAGCGUUCAGAAAGUAAAGAGCUUCACCUGGAGCUGCUGAGGAGGAAGAUGGUCCAGCUGGAGGAGGAGAAGAGGAGCCGCUCGGCACUGGCGGUGGAGAAAGAUGAUGCUGCUCUGGCCUGUAAGAAGCUCCAGAAGCGCGUGGAUCGACUGCAGGCGGAGCUGAGCACCUUACGCUUCACCAACACCGAGCUGAAAGCCCAGCUGUCCCACACCAAUGAGCUCAAGAUCAAAGUGAUGGAACAAAACCAAACCAUAGAAGAGCAGAGUAAGAAUCUGGGAAAGCUUGAGGAGAACAAGGUAAAGACUCAGAAGAAACUGACCGUCAUCAAGUCAGAGCUGAAAAACCAGGAACUCAGAGCCAGAGAUGAGAUUCAACAAGCCCAGAGACUGCUGGACACUCAGUCUAGCGCCAUAGCAGAUCUCACUCACUCCGAGAAACAGUUGCUGGACUUCUACACGGUGGUGUCUCAGAUGUUAGGCGUUGACUGCACAGGCUGCGUCCCAAACUAUGAAGUUCUCAGAAGGCUGGAGGUUCUGCUCCAGUCACGUCACUGUCACUGUCCUGCUCAUCUCCACCAGCAUCACACACCUCAGAUCUGGGAAACUCCAGUUUCCUCCAUAAACGUCGCUCAUUCUCAUGAGUUUAAUGCCCAGGCCCUGCCAGCUCCCUCCUGCACAACCUCUGACAGCCCAGCAGCCCACGGAGAUAAUAUAAUAGCAUCGAAUGAUAGUUUGAAGUGACUAAGGUUUUGUUUUCUUUUUGUUAACCUUG